CAUGACUCUACCGUACUCCAGUGAUGCAUCAGGCUUUACUUAUUCCCGAAGUCCUCCUGGAGAUAUUCACCUAUGUGAAUACAAUACCAUCUACUCAAACAGCACCGACCCAGAAAUUACUUGCAGCGCUUGCAAGGACAUGCAAAAUCUUCCACGAGCCUGCAAUGGAUUUGCUGUGGACUGAAAUCCAUGGGUUAGAACCACUGCUAGGCUGUGUAACAAGGUUACAUCCAAUGAUAUAUCAUAGUGAUACAAGGGUUAGUUGGGACGACUCGGACGAGCCCUGGGCGACAGGUGUUGAGCCAUUAUCUGCCCAUGAGGCCCAUCAAUUUCUGCGUCACUCCUCCCGUAUACGCAUAUUGAACAUAAAAUCUGAACAUCCGCAUCUUCUCUCUGUCAUCCCCGCCGAGGCAUGCGUAUUUCCGAGGCUGAAGUCAUUAAGUCUUUCCACCACAUAUUUGAACCUCUUUCUGCCUCACAUGCUGCUCGCUCUGGAGCAUUUAUGCAUCUACACUUGCGAUGGUGACAGCACAGCAAAUGAGCUGUCCCUGAUAUCCAAUAGGAUUCAUUGGUGCACACGGCUUGUAACUCUUUCUUGUCCAAUGCUCGACUGGGCAACAUGGAAGCGCCUCUCCUCCCUCCCUACUCUUCUCAAAUUGAAAAUUGAUCAAGGAUAUAAUGACCUUCCUUCGCUGUCAAGCCGAGAUAUGGUGAAUUUAUCAUUCCUUAACAUCACAAGCUUUUCCUUUCGACAGCGGUACAACGUUGCAGACAUCAACGCUACAGACAUCAUCACAAUCAUGCAACAUUCGCAAUUUCCCUCACUGAAAGAGUUCGAGUUUGAAGCCCACUUUCUGUCUUCAGAAGAGGCCGAGCAAGUCUUUCAUGCUCUGUCCCACUGGAAAGCGUGUCGGACUCUAGAAGAAAUCUCUAUUUUUUUUAUGGUGACGGAUCCGUGGGACCCCAAUACGACGAGUUGUUGACACCAAUAUCGCAUCUCCUUUGCCUUACACAGCUC